AUGGCCGAUGAUAACUGGAAGCGAUUGAAAAUUAAAAAAGAUUUUAUUCUAGGUAAAAGCUCAUACAGCCAAGAACGUAUUUGGCUUGAUGAGUCCAUUCGUGCGACGUACACAAGCAAAGAUGAAAAUCUACUCAAUUAUAACUCCGUUCUUGUUUAUCAAGUCAACGAUGGUUACUUAUCUAUCAACCGUUUUCGCCAAGCGAUUGAAAAUGUUCUCAGCAAAAACGAAAUCUUCGGUACUGAACUAGACUUUGACUUGGAAGAACACUCCGUUCAACAGAAAAUCAAUCCAUUCAACAAAGAUAUAUAUUCAUUCGAAAUUACCACCAUCGAUGUUACAGAUCACGACAAAAUUAAUGAAAUCAUCUACAAAGAACAAAUGACCAAACAUUUCGAUUUGAAUAAAGGACAUAUCUUUCGUUAUCAUCUUUUGAAACAAAAUCAAAAAGAAAAGAAUCGACUCGCAAAAGACGAUUAUGUUCUUUUGGUGUUUCAUCACUCAGCUAUCGAUCAUCAUUCCAAAUACUUGUUUGUGAAACAACUAACGCAAGAAUAUACAAAUGAAAAGUCGACAAAAGAUGAAAAUCAAUUGAGAUUUAUCGAUUUCGCUCAUUAUGAGCGUCAAUCAGACCUGAGUAAAGCUGAAGCGUUUUGGGAGGACUUAUUU